AUGGCUUCCGGACACGGUCUUCACGGUGGUCCCUCCCGCUGCUACCCCUUCUGGCAAGAGGUCCUUGGAUGCUAUGUUGUGAACUCUGUGGACGGCGAGGCUGGCAAGAAGAAGUGCGCUCCCGCGCUCGACGAUUACUACGAGUGCCUCCACCACCGGAAAGAGGCUCUCCGCACGAUGAAGAUGCAGGCUGCUUACCGCAAGGCAGAGGCUGCUCACCCCCGUGAGAAUGCACCCAAGGCUGAACAGAUCCGCAGCCUUGGUCUACUAGGAAAGGAAGACGAGGCCAAGUCCGUGCUUGCUGCUCAACGGUCAUAG